CCGCAGCGGCGGCGCCGCCAUGUCGGAGCAGCAGUUCGCCAUGGACUCGGCGGCGGCCGGCGCCGGGGGCGGCGCGGCGGAGCCGGCGGAGCAGCCCGAGGGGGUGGCGGCGGCGGCGGUGGGGGGCGCCGACGGUAGCGGCGGCGGCGGCGGGAUCGAGUCGGAGGGAGCCAAGAUCGACGCGAGCAAGAACGAGGAGGACGAGGGGAAAAUGUUCAUUGGCGGCCUUAGCUGGGACACUACAAAGAAAGAUCUGAAGGACUAUUUCUCUAAAUUUGGUGAAGUUGUAGACUGCACUCUGAAGCUAGAUCCCAUCACGGGGCGAUCAAGAGGCUUCGGCUUUGUACUCUUUAAAGAAUCGGAGAGCGUAGAUAAGGUCAUGGACCAGAAAGAACACAAGCUGAAUGGAAAAGUCAUUGAUCCUAAAAGAGCUAAAGCCAUGAAAACAAAAGAACCUGUUAAGAAGAUUUUUGUUGGAGGCUUAUCUCCAGACACCCCUGAAGAGAAAAUAAGGGAAUAUUUUGGAGGUUUUGGCGAGGUCGAAUCUAUAGAGCUCCCCAUGGACAACAAAACUAACAAAAGGCGUGGAUUCUGCUUCAUUACUUUCAAGGAGGAGGAACCAGUGAAGAAAAUAAUGGAGAAGAAAUACCAUAAUGUUGGGCUUAGUAAAUGUGAAAUAAAAGUAGCCAUGUCUAAGGAACAGUACCAGCAGCAGCAGCAGUGGGGAAGUAGAGGAGGGUUUGUCGGAAGAGCUCGAGGACGAGGUGGAGGCCCCAGUCAAAACUGGAACCAGGGAUACAGCAACUACUGGAAUCAGGGGUAUGGGAACUAUGGCUACAACAGCCAAGGGUACGGAGGUUAUGGAGGAUAUGACUACACUGGUUACAACAACUAUUACGGAUAUGGUGACUAUAGCACGGGAACUUCAUUGCAGGCCCUGUGUCGCGCUGACUUCACGAUUCUCACAGGCCCGCUCAAUGCGGACAGGGUACGAGAUGCUCACGCUCUCGAAUGCUGCCGUUUGGUGGAGAAGCAGUAUUUUCUCAUUUGAAGAUGCAUUUGAGGUAGCACAUGCUACCUGCUAAUAGCAGUUCAAACUAAUUUUUGUAUCAAGUCCAUGAAUUGGAAGUAAGACGUUGGGUCCCUCUGAAGUUUGAGUUUUCAUUAAGACAAAAUUGCUUUCACGGUCUUAUUUCUUAAUUGCUAUGCUUAAGAAUCAAUUUGUUUUAUGCCCCUUUCGCAGUAUUGUAGCGCAAGUCUUGUGUUUAAAGCCCAGUGUGACAGUGUCAUGAUGUAGUAGUGUCUUACUGGUUUUUUAAUAAAUCUUUUUGUAUAAA